AUGCUGCCGCGCGUCGACGAGGACCUCAACUGCCUGGCGCUCAUCGGGGACCGCAUGCACCAGGUCGUGUUCGGCAAGGCCUUCUACAAGCGCCUGGGCCUCACGCCCGUGUUCAAGGCAAUGCACGCCACGGCUGCCUCGCGGGUCGGCCUAUCCUGGAGACUGCAGGCGCUCCGGCCGAGGAGGCAAAGAUCCCCACGACGCACCGGGGUGGUGCUUCACGUCGCUACACUGCUGCAGGUGCUGGUGCGCGACAACGAGGACCUGCUCUCCCCCAACUACCGCACCCUCAAGGUGAUCCGGCAGGUGCGCAAGGAGGGCUGCCGCGCCUACUUCCUGCUGCUGGCCAACGGCAUCCAGUUGGCCAGGCUGCUCCGCUUCGGCGACUCGAACCGCGUCCUGGACACCCGCGCCAAGUUCGUGCUGCUGUACGACCACAGGCUGCUCAGCCCGGACCUGCACUACUUGUGGAAGAAGAUCGUCAACGUGGUCUUCGUGCGCCGCUUCGGGGGACCCUGGGCCGCGGCGAGCCUGGCCGGCAGGAGGUCCUCCUGGUUCGAGCUGUCCACCGUUCCCUUCCCCGCGCCCAUCCGCGGCGUCCUGGUCACCCGCAGGCUGGACAUCUGGCGGCGGGGCGCCUUCCGGCAGAACGUGGACCUCUUCAGGGACAAGACGUCGGACCUGCAGAACGAGACGCUGGCCGUGGUGACGUUCCAGCACGUGCCCGCCUCCUACAAGACCACGUCGCGCCACGUGACGGGCCAGUACGGCGAGAGCACGUCCGGAUUCAGUGGCCUCGAAGUGCAGGUGAUGCAGGCCCUGGCGCGUGCCAUGAACUUCUUGCCGCGCCUGUACGAGCCGCCGAACGCCGACAAGGAGCAGUGGGGCCGGCGGCAGCUGGACGGCUCGCUGUCGGGCCUCCUGGGCGAGGUGAUCUCCGGCCGGGCCGAGCUGGUGCUGGGCGACCUGCACUACACCCCGUUUCACCUCCAGCUGCUGGACCUGUCCGUGCCGUACCACUCCGAGUGCCUCACCUUCCUCACCCCGGAGGGCACCACGGACAACAGCUGGCAGACACUCAUCCUGCCCUUCAAGCCGGAGAUGUGGCUGGCGGUGGGGCUGGCGCUGGCUGGGGGCGGCCUGGUGUUCUUCGUGCUGGCGCGGGCCGGGCAUGCCGCCGCCAGGGCCGCCAACCGGCUCGGCGAGGGCGUCCGCCGCCUGUCCACGCAGAUGCCGCAUCUGCCGCCCUUGCCGCUGCGGCUGCGGCGCCGCGCCCAGAUGGCCGCCGUCUCCGAGUUCGCCGAGGAGGCGGAGAAGGAGAAGCACCCCGUCAAGUGGACUCCAGGCGUCCCGGAGCACGACGAGGCCCCCGAGAAGACGGCGGGCCACCUGUUCGCCGAGUCGCUGGGCUCCUCCAUGCUCUACACGUGCGGCAUGCUGCUGGGCGUGUCCCUGCCCCGCAUCCCCACGGCCUGGCCGGUCAGGGUGUUGACGGGCUGGUGGUGGCUCUACAGCAUCCUGGUGGUGGUGGCGUACCGCGCCGCGCUCACCGCCAUCCUCGCCAACCCGGCGCCCAAGAUCACCAUUGACUCCCUGGAGCAGCUGGCCGAUUCGUCCCUGGAGGUGGGCGGCUGGGGGGAGCACCAGAAGGACUUCUUCCUGACGUCCCUCGACGAGGCGGGCCAGAAAGUGGGGCGCCGCUUCGAGGUGACCGAUGACUGGGAGAACGGGGUGGAGCGCGUGGCGCAGGGGAGCUUCGCCUACUACGAGAACUCGCACUUCCUGCGCUACGCCGCGGCGCGCAGGAGGAUGAAAAUCGCCAAGCAGAGUGAAGGGUGAGUGGCGAGCAAUGAAAAUAGGUCGGCCGAGUCGCGCCACCUGCACAUCAUGCGGGACUGCGUCAUCAACAUGCCCAUCUCGCUGGGGCUGCAGAGGAACUCGCCGCUCAAGCCGCGCGUCGACCGCUUCCUGCGCCGCGUCAUCGAGGCCGGCCUGGUGCACAAGUGGCUGACGGACGCCAUGCUGGCCACCGCGGCCACGGACCCCAGCGGCCGCAAGGAGGAGGAGUCCGUGAAGGCCCUGAUGGAGCUGCGCAAGCUGUACGGCGCCCUGGUGGCGCUGGGCGCGGGCUACCUGCUGUCCGCGCUCGCCCUGGUCGCCGAGCUGGCCUUCUACCGGGGCGUCGUGAUGCGGCGGCCCGACUUCGACGACUUUUCGGAAAACUACUUCUCGCAGCGCCAUGAGCCAAUUUGGAAGUCUUUGUCGACCCCGGUUCGCAGAAUCGGGGCUGCAGCAGUCACAGUGCCGUGA